AUGUUCUCGACGUUUGCAGCAGAUCCAGAGAAAAAGAACCCCUCAAGACCUCGUCCAAAGCGAAAUCAGGUUGCCCGAGCGUGUGACUGGUGCCGACAAAAUCGAAUCAAGUGCGAUGACUCCCAGCCUUGUCAGAACUGCCGCACGCGUGGCAUCCAAUGCAGCAAUGCUAAGCGAACCGAUAUGCCCACAUUAUCAGCUGCGAAUAGGGAAAUCCAACGAUUGCGGAAUACAAUCAGCACACUCCAAGGCCAAGCACAUAAGACAAGCCAAGAAUCCCGGGACCAUGCGCCUAGCAAAUACGUGACGCCCCCUGAAUCUGAAACUCUUGAUGUCUCGCCUAUUAGCGACUCCCUUGGAACUCAUGUUCCACGAUCCAUAACCAUAUCGUCCAGAGAGUGGAAGGGAGUGCAAAUCCAUACGAGUGGGGCAAUCUACGGCCCACUGUCAUCUUCGUAUUUCGGGGUUCGCAUGGGUAGUUUUCUAUCCGAAGCACUGAGCAAUGACCCUGAGUCUUUGUUUCUGAGCGAGAGCUUGCAGCUGGAAUACCCUCCCAAUACUCUGAAAUGCCUCCAUGACUCUGAUUCACGCGGGGCAGGGAGUCAAAGCACGGAUGAUUCGGGUCUGGAGUCCCUAUCACGAGCUCAAGAACAAUUUUUCAUUGAUUUAAUCUGGCAGUCAUUUCAUUGCAUCUAUCCCAUUCUUGUCGAAUCGGAGUUUCGAGAAUAUUACGAUUCCUUGUGGGGAUUAGCUGGCGGUCAAUCAUGUCGGCGCCCCUCCCCACUGGUCGAUAGCAUCCUAGCAGUUUGCAUGCAGUAUGGGGGCACCUUUCUAACGAGCGACGAGGACAAUCUAGAAAGUGAAAGAGAGUACCAUGUCGCGGCUGUAUCGAAGAAAAGCCAUGCGCUGUUCCGUCGGGCCCAAAGCUUACUUCUAGAUGAGAUUGAAACCCCAUCGAUCAUGACGCUCCAGAGCUACAUUUACUGCAUUAUCUACCUACACAAUACAUCCCUGCUGAACACGGCGGAUAUGCUUCUGAGUACCGCUGUCAGAGUUGCGCAGGCUUUGCGGUUGUAUCUUCCUCCAUGCGAUCCAACCAUUCGGGAGUACCAGGAGCUACACCGACGCCUCUGGUAUACCCUAGUUGGGCUAGACUGCCAGCUCUCAAUGAUACUGGGAAGACCUUCACUGAUUCCCGUUAAUGAAAUUGACUAUGAUCUUCCGGGGGACAGCCAAGAACACGCGCUUUUAUCCGGCUCGAUGUUGAUGACCCCAGGCGACGAAGGCAUCAGCUGGCUGAGCUUUCACGUACAGUCAACCCGAUUACUGAUGACUGUUCGAGGCGUUCAAAAUGCGCUUCAGCAGCAUGGAGCUAGAUUGCUCGAGCGAAACGAUGCACAAAAUAUGUACGAUGAUCCCUUCGUGACUGAGCAGUUAGCUGCGUGCCUUGGCCGGGAAAUCGGUGUGGUAUACAACUGGGCGCGUAAUGUACCUUCCGCACUGAAGUGUUCGCGAAAAGACGCCGGAGAGCCAUUCUCUACCGAGCGCACCCCAGUCUCUUUUAACUCUCUCCAUCCACUCUGGCUUCAACGACAACAGAUCCUCCUCGAGCUCUUGUACCACCACCUUCAGUUAUCAAAUUUCCGCUCGUUUGUGCGUCUACAGCCUGGUAGCUCGUCCAUUUCCCCAUUAUCAGACUGUCACAAUAUCAGCGCUCUCAAUCAUGCUGUGACACUGACGAACAUCGUCCAUCAAGUUCUCAAUGAUACCGAUCUAUUACGUGGCUGGUACCCCGUGUUUCAGUAUCAGUGGGAUGCCGCUCUUUGUAUCCUUGGCUUCGUGUUAGCCAAUCCAAUCUGCCCGCCUACUCCGGCGGCUCGUCGAUGUAUUCAAACUGCGGUCAGCUGCUUUGAGAUUAUGGGGGAAUACUCUGCUGCUGCUGUAUCUGCUGCGAAAAUAGUACGAGAAGUCGGUGCUCAUGCUGAGAGACUUGUCGGCAAGUUCCAUUGCAGUCUCUCAUCUCGCAGUCCACCUAGUAAACGUCGAAAGGAUACGUCUGCUACGGUGCAGAUGAUCUCAGCCCCGGCAUUGACGCCGGAGUAUCUACAAAGCCUGACUUUUGACCAACCAUUCGAUAUCUCGGAUUUUAUGAAUGGGAUUGCUUCGCCAGUAGAGAGUUCUUCUAUGCUAUACGAUGAAACCAAACUCUCCCUUAAUAUGACAGAGGCCGAGAUUGAGACCAUUGGGACAUCAUGGGUAAAUGAUGAAGGGAUUUCGAGCUCCUUGCCGCCGUUUCCAGGAGGAAAUACAUAA